UAAGAAACCGCCUCUCCAGUGACCGCUCUGCCACUCCCGCUCUGUGUGCUUGCUUACUGGGUGGGUUGAACAGAUGGAUUUGGUCGCCGGGAGAGUGGUUCACGGGUGCUCUCCUUCCGGGAUAUGCGUCAAACCGUCAAGAAUUCGUCUUAUGCUCAGCUCCUGGGCUCUUGUUGGUGGCGCAUUUCCUGGAUGGUUCUGCCCUCUAUCUGUUUGUGGAAAUGCCUCACUGUUGGUUCCCUUUGCCAAGAAGAAGAGGAAGGGGUACAGUGAGGAGCCUCCUGAUGAAGAGAAGAACAAUGGUGUUGCUGAUGAUAUGGAAUGUGAGGAGGAGGAAGAGAAAGAGGAAGAGGAGGAGGAUGUCAGUGAUGACGGUAUAGUGGAUGAUGAUGGUGACUAUGACUUCGAAGAUGAUUUUGAGAGUGAUGAUGAACAAGACCUUUAUGUUGGAGAUGGAGGUGCUGGUGGUGGAGUAUCACUUGCUGGCACAUGGUGGGGCAAAGAAGCAUUGUCUUUGGCUGAGCAGGUUUCGGCAUUAUUCGACGGCGAUUUGAAAAUUUAUGCUUUCAAGGCAACUGCAAAUUUAGACAUAAGAGUACGCAUUGAGAAGAUGUCCACUAGGUACGGUUCUCCAACUAUUGAUGACAUCGAAGCAUACACAAUUGCAUACCGUGCAAAGUUGGAUGAUGCAGAGUCAGCAGGCAGGAUACCGAAUAAUGUAUCCUUGGAGGUGUCAUCUCCUGGAGUGGAGAGAGUUAUCCGUGUUCCUGGCGAGCUUGAACGCUUCAAAGAACGGGCAAUGUAUGUCCGAUACGUCACAAGAAGCGAGGAUGAAGCCACGCCUCAAGAAGGCGACGGCGUGUUUAGGCUCAUUUCCUAUGACAUGGACCUGUGCGAGUGCACCUGGGGCAUAGCUGAUGUGAAGAUAAACAGGCAGCAGACCGGCAAGGGCAGGCCCCUGAGCAAGAAGCAGAGAGAAUGGCGGCUGCAGACGCCGUUCGAGUCACUGAAGUUGGUCAGGGUGUACUCCGAAUGUUGAUAUACUUCUUUGAGUAAAUCAUCACGUCCGUCUGAGGUAUUCUAUCACCUCAUCCAAUUUUGUUGAGUGAAUAUACUGAUAGGGCAAUGCAUGUGCAGUAGCUAGAUUUUUUGUAUCAUUUGCUCACAUUUAGUGAUGAGAUAAGUUCUUCUACCUAAACUCAAUAGAUAACACUUGAACUUUUCUGAAGUUUUACUUAUAAAGUAGGAAACUCUUUUCCA